UACGAAUCGAAUGAAUCGAUGCGAGCGCUCGGUCGGCGUUGUGUUUGUGAGCCGCCGCUUCGCCUUAGCGGAGUAAAAACACUUCGUAUUCGUCGUCGUCUUCGUCGUCGUCUUCCUCACUUAUCACUCUGUCCGUGGCUGGAGGCGGCCCGCCAAGGUGACGCCCGCGGCUUGGAAGCGCGUUCAAGAUGAAAUCGGAGAAUUGUGCUCCUGUGCUGCGCCCAGUGCGGGUGAAACAGGGUGGACAGGUGUGGGAUUCUGUGCAGAAAGCAGCAUUCGUAUUGGGGACCGGUCUGCUGGUGUUUGCCGCAGCGAGGAACACGAUCACAUGGCACCUGCAGCAGUUCUGGGGCGCGUCCGGUGAUUUCUGGCAGUCGCAAUGGGCUCUCUUCUACAACGCCUACGAGGACGAGCCCUUCAAGAUCUUCGUCUUCUGCUCGAUGGUGGUCCCCACCGGAAUGUUCUGGCUCUUCAACGCCCUGCUGAUGUGCGUGGACGUGACCGGCUGGCCCGCGUUCUUCCUCCGCUACAAGAUCCAAGCCGAUAAGAACGUGCCGGUUGACCCGGCGAAGCUGAGGAACGCCAUCUUCACGGUGCUGGCCAAUCAGCUGUUCAUCUCCUUCCCCAUGGUGCUGAUCGCGUACGUGAUCUCGCUGUGGCGCGGUGGCACUUGCGGGCCUGAGCUGCCCACGUUCCACUGGGUGCUGCUCGAGCUGCUGGUGUUUGGCCUCAUCGAGGAGGUGAUGUUCUACUACUCACACAGGCUCUUCCACCACCCGGCGCUCUACAAGCGAUUCCACAAGCAGCACCACGAGUGGACGGCGCCCAUCGGCCUCGUGUCCCUCUACGCACACCCUCUCGAGCACUUUCUGUCCAACAUGCUGCCGCCCGUGAUGGGCCCGGUGCUCAUGGGCUCGCAUGCCGCCACCAUCAUGCUGUGGUUCACCAUGGCCCUGCUGUCGACGAGUGUGGCGCACUGCGGCUACCACCUGCCCCUGCUGCCCUCGCCCGAGUUCCACGACUUCCACCACCUCAAGUUUAACCAGUGCUUCGGCGUGCUGGGUGUGCUCGACCGACUGCACGGCACCGACGCCGCGUUCCGCCGCACCAAGGCAUACGAACGGCACAUCAUGCUGCUGGGCCUCACCCCUCUCAGCGAGAGCAUCCCCGAGACUCCCAAGCUCGGCAAGGGGGAGUAACCCCCCCCCCGCCGAACCCCCCCCCCCCCCGCCGAUCCCCCCCCCGCCAAUCCCCCCACUCUCUCUCGAGCCUCGCAAUCUCCUCGAGGUUGGGGGGUGCAAGUGCUGUUAGCGAGCACCUGUUCAGGUCUGCACCACGCACGAGUUUACUGGUAGUGGCAGGGCAUUGCUUGGACGUGCAUGGCCAUAUUGCAUCUCCCCAGUCGCUGAAUUUGGCUGCGUUACAGUAAAUGCUCGUUGAAGUCCGGGUUCAUCUAGGGAAGGUACGUGCCAUUUGUCAAUGGUUUGUCGUGGCCAGGAAUUGAACCGAGGUACAAAGGUUGAAGUGCAGUGUACAAACCACUACAAUACACCAGUUCGGGACCAUCCAUUUAGUACGUACGCAAAAAUUUGUCAACUUGACUCCUCCCCCCCUCCCUGUACACACGUGUACUUUUUACACCCCCCCCCCCCCACCUGCGUACGUACGCUUGACGCACCACCCCCCCCCCCCCCCCCCCCCGAAUCCUAUAGAACGGCUGAUAUUUAAUCCACGCAGAAAUGAUCAAGGAUUAAUAAUAUUAACGUGUUUAAGCAAACAGAUAGUCCACCGCCGGACUAUCUAACUCAUUUGAAGGCCAAUGUAGACAAAUUAUUAUCGAGGCUUCACCGCCCCCCCCCCCCCCGUUUCCUGUGCGUACAUUGUCAGUAGACCCCCCAUACGCAGGCGUACACAUUUGCGUUAACCACCCCCCUUCCCCCUCCAUGCGUACGUACUGAAUGGAUGGCCCCUUACUCUCCAAACAAUCGUGUUAAGUGCUCCCCUUAAUAGGUGCUUGCUAACAUCACUUUGUGUGUCUCGCGUAAUAACUUUUAGAUUUCGCUUCAUUUUAAUGUCAUCAGAGUCGCACAUGCCAGGGUGGCAAAUACUGGUCAGCUGCUUGCAAGGCAUCGUGGGGCAGAAAAGCUCUACAGUACAUCGUAAGCUCAGCUGAAGGACCCAACCACAAGUUGUAGGUACAGCGUCAUAAAAUAUCCAGCAGCUUAAGCAAAACGUUCAGAAAUUGACACAUUAUUGUCUUUCAUUUGAAUUGCCAAUGAAAAUGCACUUCUGGACUGUUUCACGAUUCGUUUUUGUUGAUAAAAGGGACUUCCAGGAAGAUCUCCUCUUGGAAUGUCUUUUCCAGUUCCUUUUUAAGUCGCCUUUCGCUCUGGAGGAAACUGGAGUUACCCGGCUGAAAACCAAGGCACACAAAUGGAUACCAUGUACAGAUUCACAAACCGAAUUUCUGUUGUGCCAUAUUCCUGGCUGCCUUUUGCAGCCUGGCGGGCUUUGGGCAGUUUUACAAAUCGACGUGAAUUACUAAAUAUGCCACCGCACCCCGUGUGUGUGCACAAUGCAUUGAGAUACUUUAUGCAGAACCAUUCUUUGUUGCGCAAGUAUUUUUGGUUCAUUUCCAAUGUUGUGGAUUAUAUUGGCUGGAGAGAGAGAGAGGGUGUGUUGCAGUGUUUUGAGAAAAUUAAUCUGCCUGGGCAUGUUACACACGAGAAUCUUCACUGCUUAUCGGUGUAAUCUCCUCUGGGUUUAACUCCCUUCAUGCCGUGGGCAGAUGACUUUUCCAGUUUACCCAUUUAACACGUUUAAUCUUUUUGGAAGGAGUGAAGUGAUUUACUUGUCGCUCGUCAUUGAGAAAAGUUUUAACGAUUGUGAGAUCCGUGCCUAAUGGCCACCCGGCUCGUGAUAGCAAUGGCUGCCUACGGGAACAAUCGGAAACAUUGCUGCGUACGAACAUGGAAUGCGCAACCCAUGCAACUCAAACCAAUGGGCUGGUGAUGUGUGCUGCCCAAACCAUCGCUCUUAACAAGUCCAACGACCAGCUUUUGUUGACGUCUUUCGAUACUUUACCCAGGAAAGCUGCUUUCUGAUGUUUUUCCCUGGUGAUUAAUGUCAACAACCAUUUGAUUGUAAGGUGACUUGCAUUUUCAUUGGAGGUCGCUUUAUGAUAUAUUUUAGUCACCCGUCUGCCAAGCUCUCUUGGGUAAAGAUUGAUGUUGUUCAUUGGUCUCGUCAUUUUUAUAGUGAUUUAUAAAAUGUCUAAACGUACUUUCUUAAACGGAUACAUUUUCUUCUGUUUUUAGUCUUAUUUUAAUUCCGUGGAAUUGAUUGAAUGCUCCCGUUUGAAAUGAAGAAAUAGUAAAAAUGUUUAGUAGCGUAUGGAUUGUGAGCAGUGCCAUAUGAUCAGAUCUUCAUGUGUUCCUGGUUGCCAAAUGUGUUUUUAUGCCUUCAAUUAUCGUUUGGUGGAGAUUAUACCAUUUAUGUUUCAUCCAACAUUUACACUUAAAUUGAAGAUUACUUUUUGUGAUACCGCUCCGUUCGAUUGCAUUCAACGUGACCUGUUUUUGUCAUCCGUGGAAACAUCUGUAAUUUGCUCACAAGCCUUCCACGAUUUCUUCUACGUGUAUUCACAUUAUGUUUAACAGCUAAUUAGUAGAGUAGUAGUGCACUUUAUUAAGAGAAUUGCAAUAUUCAUGAAGAUUCAAUAACUCACGAAAAAUUACUCUGCGACUCACAAACGACCGUCCAGGUCUGCGAAGUGUGUUCAUAAAGGGAUCGACCAUUCCGCAAAUGGAUAAUUACACAGCAGCUUUUGAGGUAGGUUGAUAGACCUACACACGCUUAGGACACAUCAAGAUUUUUAUCGCAACGAGUGUCAUCCUCUCUGAACCUACGUGUGUCCACCAUGGCAAUCGCGACGCACAUCGUUACAUCUGGGAGGCCCAGCCGCUUGGCUAACGCCUCGCAAUUCUUGCGAAUGCUCCUCUAAUGUGCUUCUUUUGAAAAUCGAACGCCGUUUGUAUUUGGCAUAAACUUUAGAUUUUCAUGUAAUUCGGACAUUGGACCGUAUAGAGUUCAAACUGGGAUGUCUGUGUGGGCACCUUGUGGGUUCAUAUUUCAAUUGGUAUCAAACCCAACAUUUAAAAACAUUCUACUAGGAAUGGAAGUUUUACAGGGAACAGCAUUUGUAGUGUUUUUUUCCAUGGCACUUGAGCAAUGCAGUGUGUAAAAACGAAAAACCCCAAUAGCACUGGGACCUUACCACUCCAAGACUUGCGUUUUCUUGGGAUUUCUUUGCACUCAAAAAACACGUGGCAUUUAGUAACAGACGACUUCAAUGCACUUUUUGUUGUAACACUCAAACCACGUCAAAAGUCUCUAACCUGUUUCCGAAUUGUGCACCAAAACGAAGCAUUUCCUUGCCUACUAUUUGCCUUAACGCAACAAAGAUCAGGUUGAAACUUUACGUGUUGUAUUUUGACAAAAUACUUAUCAGUUAAUCGGCAAGCUGUGGUGUUCUGGAAGAUGGUCAAUUUUCUUGGUGCGCUUUAAUUGCUUUUGACGUUUUUUUAGAUUCUGCGUAGUUGGACGCAACAAGUUGUACUCCAUUAACUUUAACGUUUAACUGCUGAUCGUGACUAGUUUCUGCUGUUGUACACGUGUUACACGUAUAUGUGUGGUUUUAAUAAAGGGCCCAAUUGUUGCAAAGUA